UCAUUGUGAGAAAGCCUGGGAGUGGCAGGAAGGAGGAGAGGCACAGGAGAAAGAAGAAAGAAGAAGAAGAAAAAGGAGGAGGAAGACGAAGAGGUCAAGAAUAUUUCCACAGCAUCCUUUCGAUUUACGACAGCAGCAAACAGCAGCAACAAGAAUGGCAGAGAGCUCAGUGUCAUCGUCCGUAGCAGAGGCGGAGACCGCCUUUCAGAAGUUUGCAGUCCAUGGAGACUCUAAGGCCACAGGGAAGGAGAUGAACGGCAAGAACUUUUCAAAGAUCUGCAAGGACUGUCACAUCAUCGACGGCAAGAACAUCACCUCGACAGAUGUUGACAUUGUUUUCAGCAAAGUCAAGGCAAAGUCAGCUCGUGUGAUCACCUUUGAGCAGUUCAACCAGGCCCUGAUAGAGUUGGCUCCCAAACGUUUUAAAGGCAAAAGCAAAGAGGAGUCGCUGCAGCACCUCUAUGGUCUCGUUGCUGGGAAGGACCCCGCCAACACCGGAGUCACUAAAGUGGCAAAGACAGGAGCAGUGGACAGACUGACCGAUACCAGCAAGUACACUGGAGCCCACAAGGAGCGGUUUGACGAGUCAGGCAAAGGAAAAGGAAAGACCGGGCGCGAGGACAUCGCAGACAACAGUGGCUAUGUGGGAGCUUACAGGGGCAGCGGCACCUAUGAUGAAAAAGUGAAAGAUUCGUAAUUCUGUUGACAGAUCAUAAAAACUUCAUUCAAAAUA